CCGGCGUGCAGAGGGGCAAGCGAGAGACCAUAGAGAGCGGAAGAGGAAGGCGCCGGGGGACGGAGAGGGCUGGCAUGAGGCGGCUGAGCUGGCAGCCCUUGGCGCGCCGGCCUGACCCAGCCCCCGGGGCUGCUGCUGCCUGGCCGACACAGCGCCCGUGUGAGGCGAGUGAGCCAGGGAGCGGCGCCGGGCCUGGGCUGCCGCGGGCAGAGCGUCUGACAGGAAGCACUGGCCAAUCUCCCUGGCUUUGUCUCAGAAGUGGAACCUCUGACCUCUUUUCCAGUAGGGGGUGAAUGGUAGCCUGGAUGGGACCAUCAAAAGUGCAGCAGCUGGGAACCAAAAAACAAGCAGGUGGGACAGGCUCUCGUGCUAUUAGCCUGAGUCACCACUGAGAUACUGUCCACCAGCUACAAAGGGUCAGUGUUUCAUGUUGCCAGAUGUUAUUCCAGGGGACCUGAGCAUUGGUUUCUUUCUCCCUCUGCUCUUAAGGCUCCUGUACGUGGAAGUUCAGGAAACUUUCUGAUUCCAUCCCAUGUGAGAAGUGUUUGUAUCUUGAAGUCCUGGGAGCUGACUGGAUUCACAGAUCUCAGUGCUGGAGCCCUCUCUGCCUCACCUGUCAAGGAGCUGGGAAUGACUUGCCACAUCUCCAGGCAUGGACACUACCUGGGGCUCAUUUAAUUCUCUUUUCAACAUGAGCCAUAUUGCCAAAUUCUCUGAACUUUAUGGUUUAUCUCUGACACUGUUACACACCCAUGACUGGGCUAGAUCUGUGGCCUACUACUGCCUUUAAGUGGGAAAUCGUGCCUCUCAUGCUUCUGGAUCACUGUUUUCUAGCUCUCUCAGGUUCUGGUGCAUUUCUAGAUCUCCCUUUGUCCAGAUUUUUUGUGAUUCUAGAUACUUCCUUGUUGAAGAUUCUGCAUAUUGUUUCAUGAUAGCUCUGCCAUGCGUCUGGCUACUCUCCUUGCCUUCCUGCGGCCUGCUCUGCCACUCAUCCUGGGCCUCUCCUUGGGAUGCAGUCUAAGUCUGCUGCGUGUUUCCUGGAUCCAGAGUGAUGGGGAGGAUCCUUGCAUGGACACAGGGAUAAAUAAUGGGCUGUUCGCAGGGAAAAUGAAGCAGGACUCUGUUGCUGGAGGAAGGUCAAACCAGAAUGAUGAAGACUUCAAACCCAGGAUUGUUCCCUACUACCGAGACCCCAACAAGCCUUACAAGAAAGUGCUCAGGACUCGCUAUAUCCAGACAGAGCUGGGCUUCCAUGAACGGCUCUUUGUGGCUGUGCUCACCUCCAAGGCAACCAUGAACACACUGGCUGUGGCAGUGAACAAGACAGUGGCCCAUCACUUCCCACACCUGCUGUACUUUACGGGGUUGCGCAGCGCCAAGGUGCCUCAUGGUAUGGCGCUGGUGUCACAUGGGGACGAACGCCCAGUCUGGCUGAUGUAUGAGACCAUGCGCUACAUCCAUCAGCACUUUGGGGGUGACUAUGACUGGUUCUAUGUCAUGCAGGAUGACACCUACGCCCAGGCCGAGCAGAUCAAGGCCCUGGUGACACACCUAAGCAUUAAUCAGGAUGUUUACCUGGGACGGGCUGAGGAGUUCAUUGGGGGGGAUGAACAGGCCCGCUACUGCCAUGGUGGCUUUGGCUACUUGGUUUCCCGGAGCCUGCUGCUUAAGUUGCAUCGGCAUCUGGACAGCUGCCGUAAUGAGAUUCUCAGUGUGCGCCCAGAUGAGUGGCUGGGACGCUGCAUCAUCGACUUCCUGGGCAUCAGCUGCGUCUCCCAGCACCAGGGCCAGCAUUACCACUCCUAUGAACUGGCCAAAAAUGCAGACCUAGAGAAGGAGGAGGGUGAGGACUUCCAGGCGGCGCUGACUGUGCACCCUGUCUCUGAGGGGACCCUCAUGUACCGACUGCACAAGCAUUUCAGCAGGAUCCAGCUGGACAGAGCCUACCAGGAGAUCCAGCAACUCCAGAUGCAGAUCAGGAACCUGACAUCGCUGACACCAGCCCGCGAGGGUGGGCUGACAUGGCCCAUAGGCAUCAAUGCUCCCUUCGUCCCCAAAUCCCGUUUCGAGGUGAUCAGCUGGGACUACUUCACAGAGCAGCACCUCUUCUCCUGCCCCGAUGGCUCCCCCAAAUGUGAGCUGGCUGGAGCCAGCAAGGCCGAUGUUAGUGACAUCAUUGAGGCAGCGCUCCAGCAGCUCAACAGCCGCUACCAGCCCCAGCUUCGUUUCUACAAGCAACAAUUGUUGAAUGGCUACCGGCGCUUUGACCCCACACGGGGCAUGGAGUACAUGCUGGACCUCUUGCUGGAGGCUGUAACCCAGAAGGGCCACAGCCAUGUUCUGGCUAAGCGGGUGAGUCUAGUGCGGCCCCUCAGCAAGGUGGAGAUCAUCCCCAUGCCCUAUGUGACAGAGGCUACACGUGUGCAGCUGGUGCUGCCCCUGACCGUGCAGGAGCUGGACUUUGUCAGCAACUUCCUAGACAUGUUUGCCAUGAACACGCUGGACACACAUGACAACGCCCUGCUAACCCUGCUCUUCAUCUACCAGCCUUAUGAUGCUCAGCGGGUCAGCCAGCUGGAUGUCUUUGCUGGGGUCAAAGCUAUGGUGGGAGAGCUGGAAAAACGCUAUGCAGAGGUGAAAAUCCCCUGGAUCAGCGUCAAAACUGAGGUGCCAUCCCAGGUGAAGCUCAUGGACAUAGUGUCGAAGAAGCACCCUGUGGACACCCUCUUCUUCUUGGCCAGCGUUUGGACAGAGGUUAACACAGAGUUCCUGAAUCGCUGCCGCAUGAACACCAUCAGCAACUGGCAGGUCUUCUUCCCAAUGCACUUCCAGGAGUUCAACCCAGUGCUGAUGUACCAUGGUGAGCAGGCCUCCUCCUCCUCCAGCACCGACUUCCUGAGGGAUGGGCACUUUGACCGUCAUGCCUUUGCUGAGGCUUGCUUCUACAACUCUGACUACAUGGCAGCACGCACCAAGCUGGCGGCUGAUAUUCUGGACCGGGAUGAAGUGCUGGAGAGUAUGGAAGUAUUUGAUGUCUUCCUUCGCUACUCUGGCCUGCACUUGUUCCGGGCUGUGGAGCCAGGGCUGGUGCAGAAAUAUAUGCUGAGGAGCUGCAACCCCCGGCUGAGCGAGGAACUGUAUCACCGCUGUGUGCUCAGUAACCUGGAGGGGCUCUCCUCCCGCUCGCACCUGGCCAUGGCCCUCUUUGAGCAGGAACAGGCCAAUAGCACCUGAAGGACCCAAAGCUACCAGUGGUUCCCCAGCACCUUAAUACUUGCACCUUCCACCCCUCUUCCCAGCCCCAGUCCUGCCCUGGGAAAGAUGGGUGCAUGAGGCCAAGGGGCUGGCAGGGCAAUUGGAAAAUUUGGUUUAAUAGGAAAAGUGAUUAAAGUUUCUUCCCAUGCAGAUUAACUUGGUUCCUCACAAAUUAUCACAAAUCUCUUCUCAUUCACAACUAUGGUACAGUGGCACUCCUACAGAGUGGGUUGUGGGUGUGAGGGGGAUGGAACUAUAAGAUUACAGGCAGUCUAAACUUGGUCCCAUAAAGCUCACCCAAAGUGCUGUACCACGGGAGUAAAUAAGAGACCUGAAUCAGAACAAGAAUGCCUUGACUGCGUAUUAAUGUAUGCACUUUCCCCAUUCUCUCUGACACACUUGGAUUCCCUGAUGUGCUCACUGCUGCAAUCACACAAACACCUCUUGAACCCUGGCUUGUUAGUGUAGUGUUUUCCUCUUGGGAUUCCUGUUCUUUCACUCUAUCAAGAUGCAGCUUUCCUAGGCCAAUGCUGAACGUUCACUUUAGAGCCCAGAGGGGGGGAAAAAAUUGCCAGCUCCCCUCACCAUAGGGUGACCCUAUACUAAAUCUGAAUGGCAACUAAUUUAAAUGCAGUGUAGUUGUAGCUGUCAGUCCAAGGGUAGUAGAGAGACAAGGUGAGUGAGGUAAUAUCUUUUAUUGGACCAUCUUCUGGGGAUGAGGAAGACAAACUUUUGAGGCAAACAGAGCUCUUCAUCAGGUGAAGAGGAACUCCGUGUGGCUCGAAAGUUUGUGUUUCUCACCAACAGAAGUUGCUCCAGUAAAAGAUAUUACCUCACCUACCUAAGUCAAAUAUCUCACUGAAGUAAUGGACCCAGUGAGGUUGAGCCAAACGCUUGCCUAGUCCCAUUCAGAUGUGUGUUUGUCAGCAGCCGGACAUGGCUGGUGAACACACAUGGAAGGGGAUGUAGUCCUGGGAGAGUGUGCAUAGGGGAGUUCAGGCAUAUAGAGUGUAAUGACUUUGGGACAG